AUGACAGAGUUGUGGGACUGGGACGAAGCGUCCCGUCCAGUCUUGCAACCUGCACGAACUUUUAUCCCCCGACGGCCUGUUGAUACACGGGAAAUCACUGCUGCUGGUGGAAGUCAAUUUGCCCAAUCAACUACUGAUGAAGCUGCUCCUUUACUCAAAGCAUCUCCCACAUCUUGUAAUCAAAUCAGUUAUGGGGGGUCUGAUCCAGAUGCCUACGUAGGUGAAGAGUCACGCGGCCCAACAGAUCGGUCUUUACUGCGGCGCAAGUCGUCAGCUACCCUGAAGAAACCACACAAUUACGGAGGACAAAGUACCUACGGGCAGACAUUAUUCAACAGUAUCGCGAUACUAUUGGGCAUAGGAAUGCUAUCCGAGCCCCUGGCCUUCGCAUAUGCUGGUUGGGUCGGUGGAUCGGUUCUCAUUGUAUUUAUGGGCUUCUUGAAUUGCUAUACUGCUAAGAUUCUUGCUGGUAUCAUCUUGGAGGACCCUCGUUUGAGGUCAUACGCCGACAUUGGUCGUAAGGCGUUUGGUCCAAAGUCAACUGCCCUGACCACGAUUAUGUUUUGUCUUGAACUUUUUGCCGUCGGCGUUGCUUUCGUCACUCUGGCAGCUGACUCCAUGCACGAAGUCAUGCCAGCGUAUUCCUCAAACACGUUUAAAAUCGCGUCCAUAGUCGUAUUGGUACCAUUGGUUUUUCUACCGCUAUCCAUACUCUCUUAUACCUCGAUACUUGGCAUCUGUUCGACGCUCCUCAUCAUUCUUGUCAUUUUCAUAGAUGGAUUUUCUAAGCCAGAUGCUCCUGGUAGCCUCUGGAGUCCGGCCGCAACGUCUUGGGGGACUGACUCUAUGACAGAGCUCGGAGUUGCUUUUGGCUUGUUAAUGGCUGGCUUUUCUGGUCAUGCUGUAAUACCAUCGUUGGCCCGUGACAUGGUUGAUCCUUCCGAGUUUAAUAACAUGAUCAACUGGGCUUUCGUCGUUACCACAUUCAUCUAUGGAGUCAUUGGUUAUGCUGGGUACUUGAUGUUCGGGCGAAACGUGAGCGACGAGGUCAGUAAGGACCUCAUGAGCACUCCUGGUUAUAACUCAUGGAUCAAUGAAAUCGCACUAUGGACGUUGGUGUCAACCCCUCUCACAAAAUUUCCUCUCAGCACGCGGCCACUCAACGUCAUCCUCGAAAUCAUGCUCGGUAUAGAUAAUCAUACACCAUUUCAGGGUGGUGUCAAACCCCAGCUGGACACUCAGCUUUCUACUGCUCGUCGACUUUUGAAUCGCGCAUUCUUCAUUGUCGGCCGCAUAUCUGUCCCCGCGCUGUCUAUUUUGGUGUCGAUCCUCGUUCCGGAGUUUAGUUCCCUUAUGGCCUUCCUUGGUUCAUUCUCGGCCUUCAUGAUCUGCGUCAUUGGUCCUAUCUCAGCCAAGAUUGCCCUUGAGGGAAGGUGUGGUUUGGUUGAUAUUUCAUUGCUCACAAUAGCCAUUGUGAUGGCAACUUGGGGGACGCUCGCUGCAUUUUGGGCAGCGUGA